AUGGCUCUUGCGCCGGGAGCGGUGCCGGUCGACUCCCCGGAUCCCCGAUUGCAGUACCAUGGAGCCUGGAGGAGUGAUCCGACCGACCCAGACAGACUAAAGUACGACAACGGGACUUUCAACGCCUGCUCCAACAACGGCGAUUACGUCUCGCUGGACUGGACAGGCGGUGAUGUGACCAUCGUCGGCGCGACAAAGCCAAAGGGACCCAAGCAAUACUACAACGGGUUCUCGGAUACCCUUAGGAAUGACGCGGUCUUGUGGGCCAGCCAAGGCCUGCCGAAUGGCGCACACCAUGUCGAGCUGAGGAAUGAGAAUGUGUACAUGCAGAGCGAUGAGGUGCAGGCCGAAGAGAGACUCUAUAUGGAUCUCGACUAUAUGGCUUAUCUCCCAUUACCAGCUCUGGAUCCACAACUCGCGGCCCCGAGCCCAGCUGCUCCCGGCAGCUCGGCCCCUCCGGCCGUACCCAGCAGCGCGGCACAUGGAAGCUCUGUCACUGCCUCUGCGGCUUCCAUUUCAGUCUCUCCGGCCAGCAGUUCCUCCUCCAGCGGGUCUGCUACUGUCCGCUCAGGCACUGCAUCAUCGGGAUCUGCAACCAUUGAGGUCCUCAAUCACGCCAAGCGCUCAAACGACCUAUCAAUUUGCGAUCCAGGUGGCGAUAACGACGGGAACUCCCAAGCUGGAAGCUGGCCUUCCGGCUCAAGGGCUUGUUUCCAGUUCAGUAGGGCCACGCGUCCAGGUACCCCUCCCCGGUCUUCUGCUCUUUGUGUGGACACUUUUGAUUUCAUUUGUAGCGAUAAGGAGAGCUCGGUGAUCAAGAGGAUAUCACACAGGCCUGAGGGGGUCAUCACUGCCAUCGUCCCUCGGCCCAUGGGCCCUGUCCGCCACAUUCCUCAUCGCGGGGCAACUUACCCCGCGUGUUUCGGUCCGCGCGCUCGGAGCCUCGAGCAACCUUACCUUGCCCUUGACAUCGCUUGUCCAUCUACCACGUACCGUCCAGCGCCCCGUCGAGGGCCACUUCCCGUCGAGAAAUCACAAGGAUCGGUAUCCGCUCUCGUCGCUCGUUUCCAGACUGCCGCAGCACACAACGCAGCUACAGCUCAGCGCGAGGCAUCACGCCGCUCAUCUUCCUCCUCGGCUACCUCUAGUCUUGGCGUUCCUGCCGGAGAUGCACCGCGGGUCACCAGUGCUGGCGGCUGGCGCAAGAGUGGGGGGAGCACUACCGGUGACACCGUUGCGAGUGGCAAGGGAGAUGGCGAGGUCAUGGAGGUCUUGAAGGAUAAAGAUGGGAAUGGGCCGGAGUUGAACGGUGGGAGCGGGGCGGCCUCGGCGGGGAAGACGACGGGGACGAAGCCAGGGCCUACUGGCAGCGCAGCGACUGGUGGACCAAGCACUCCGCAAAAGGCGGAAUCGGACAGGGUAAAAGCGGUCUCUACGAUCACACCGAAAGCUCCCUCCUCUCCAUCCCCCAAGACCACCAGGACGCCGGCUCCCAUCUCCACCGCUCCUGCCUCAACCCCGGCCAAGAUAUCACCCACAACAGCCAAAUCACCUCGAGCUGCGCCGAAAUCUACUCAGAGCUCGUUGCCGUCCCCUAAGACCGCUGUGACUGGCGUCAUGUCCUCCAAAGCGGACGUUCCUUCCGCGAAGCGCGCAGGGCACUCGCAAGCUGCUUCAUCAUCCACGGCUUCUGGGACGAGCUCCAUCGUGCGGCCUGAUGCAGGCGAGCACACCACCUCCUCGGCUACUUCAUCAAGGAUAUCCAAUACUGCUGCGCCAGGUAAAGGCGCGGCCACCUCGUCCACCACAAAGACGACGGUCUCCCGAAUGGCUGACUCUCCCACUGCCAGCAAGAUCCCUGUCAAGUCUAAACCAUCGGGGUCGGAUAGGGUAGCGGAUAAGGCAGCGCCAUCUACCGUCUCUACACCCAAGCCCCGACCUACCUCCUCCAUCAUCACUCCCAAACCCUCGACCUCCACCCGUCCUCCCUCUGCCUUCAAGGCAGCCAAACCCCUCACUCCCGCCAUGACUGGUCCUGCAUCCUCACGCCGACCAGUCUCUGCCUUCGGCCCUACCCCUACCACUACCCCUCUUCGGCCUCAGACCACCGGUACACCGUUCAAACCUACCGCAUCGUCACUCGCCAAGGCUCGCGCAACUCCCUCUGCAUCCGGCGAUAGCCCUGUUUCCAGCACAAUGUCGCUAGGCCGACCAGCGAGCAAGCGGAUAUCGCUCGGCCCCACGCCUACUCGGCAGGCAGGCCGAGCGGGGAGCGAGAGUCCUGGACCCAGCUCCAAGCUGUCAGAGGGAAAGCAGCAGAAGGAGCGGGUCUCGGGGAGUUCGAGCAUGAGCAGAUUGAUGCAGGGGACGGCGGCGUCUCGGGCCAAGACGGUGGAGGGCCUUCCGGGUGGUGGAGGUGCAGCUAGUCUAGUCUCGCCGCUGAAGGGGAAGGCGUCGACGAAGGGGAAGGACGGGGUGCCAAAGUCGGGAUCGGCGAGGAGUUUGGUCAGCAGGCAAAAGAGUCCAACCCCGGCCUCGGAGGAGGUCAAGCCGAUCGUACCUGCCGCGAGCGAGGCAGCGGAGCCCACUGCGUCACCAGCUCUAGUCGCGGCAGAUCUUACCGAUGAGAAGGAGCCGGAGGUCGAGGAAGAGGUGAAGGAUGGGGAAGAAGGGGAAGAGAAACUUGGGCAAAGUGGGGAAAGUGGGGAAGUCGAGACGGCGGAGGCGGAAGCGGUGGAGCCGGGAGCGGUGGAGCCUGAAUCGACCGAUAUCGCUCGGACCGGACCAGUCGGUGACUCGCCCAUCGGGCGCAUCGGACUCGCCGCCGUACACGUUCCCACGCCAGGUGGAUCCGGACCGCCAAGCGAGAUAGGUCAACAUCCUUCCGUUGGACCAAUGCCCGGCCAGGCGGAAGAUCUAUCAUCCUCGGCUAUCCCCCCUGACCCUGCACAUCAACUCCCUACGCCUGCCGACCCCACGGAUACAUUACCAAGGGGCUCAGAUGGAGCAGCGUCAGGUUCAGAUACUGGCGCGGACGGUCAACUCCCCAACGAUACGGCGCAGGAAAAGACAGAGUCGAAGGGGGGCGCGGGCGAUGCGGAAUGA